UAAAGUUACAGAUAUGAUGGAAACAUAUAAAAAUGACAAUGAAACUGAUAAUAAUGGAUGGAACCUUUUAAAUGUGAUACAAAAAAAAUUUGAUUGCUGUGGAUAUAACAGCUACUCAGACUGGUUCUCAUCAAAUGAUACAUUUUUGAUUUUACCAUGCGCCUGUUCAGAUGAAGACAUCAAGAUAAAUGAAAACUUUUGCAAUAUGACACUCAGUGAAAUGGGAAAUAAAACGGGCUGUGAAGCUACCAUAAAGGAAUGGAUAAACCUAAAUAUUCUUGCAAUUGUUGGAGUUGGAGUGCUGCUAAUUAUAAUAGAGAUUUUCCAGUUUAGUCUGGCAUUUACUUUAUUAAGAAACAUACAGAGGAUGAGAAGAGUGGAGCACAUUUAGCUCUCAAAUUUUGUUGGACACCUUUGAGAUUUUCAACUCUUUAUUCCACACUUAAUUGUUUAUUAUUGUUAUUAUAAUGUUUUUGCAUAAAUCUAUAAUUUCUUUGUGCUUCUCUUUGACACUAUGCUCUUCCAAAUUUUGUAUUGUAAUAUGAAAAAACAUGCAAAUAAUAUACUCACAGUAUGUUCUGCAACAUUUUUGCAUAAUAUAAGAUGCAUUGUAGAGGAAAAUAGAAUAUGUGCAACAUUUCACUUGAGAAAUAAUAGACUGAACCACAAGUACUGUGGCUGUUCUUACUUGAAGUGAUAAACUCCAAAAGGUGCAGUGCAUAAAAGUAACCAAUAACCAGAAAGAUAAAUGCACUGAAAGAGUGUCCCAAUGAUUAAAAAAUACUUUAUUGAAGGCAAUAAAAGUAUUGAGCGCU